CAGGUUGACGCGCUUGCAGGAAAAUGGCGGCGCGAUAACCUGUGUUUUGAAACGUUUUGUUGAACCUGUCCGUGGUAAUUGUACACGUUGACAAUGGAUAUCUCCAGUAUGCUCGAAGUACAAGUAAACGAGGUGAAGGAGGUGAAGAGUAAAGAGAAUGUUACUCCGAAAGUUCUGCUUCCAACCGCGACAAAUCUAUCGUCACCGAUCUCACAGGAGGAAACCAACUAUUAUAAAAUUAUGUUUGGUAGCGACACUUCCAUAGUACGGUUUCGAAGAUUACAUUGUACAGCAUGCGAUGUUCAUAUUGGAUCAGCACCAGGUGAUGCUAGUAAUAUGUUUGAACACCCUACAUUGCAUACAUUAUUGUGCUCCAAAUGCCGUGAUUUCUAUGGAGAUGGCACUUUCGAGCAAGGUGACGAUGCUACAGACAUGUUUUGUAGAUGGUGUGCGAACGGCGGCAACUUAUAUUGCUGUUCCUUUUGCAGUAACACUUUCUGUUAUAAAUGCAUCAAGCGAAACAUCGAUCCUGUACUGAGGAAAAAGAUAGAAGCGGACGAGCAAUGGAAAUGCUUUGUAUGUGAUCCAACAGAUUUAUAUCCUGCUAGAGCAACUUGUUGGGCUUUGUUACAAUAUGUUCAAAAGAUGAAUAGAUCUCUCCAGAACGACCGUAAGUUGAACCAACAAGAAAUUGACGAAAAAAUGAGUUUAGAUGAAACGAAUUGCUGUCCGCGGAGAAGAAAACGAAAACGUCGGAGAACAGGUUCUAACUCGGAAGAAGAAGACGAGACGUAUCUGCCGAAGCCAGUGGGUAUACCUCCGGCCACAAGAGGCAGAAGAAGAGGACGCCGUAGGAAAUUCUUGAAUGGUAACACCACGACGUCCGUCACCGGUCAGUCGUACAGUGGAACAGAAGAAAAUUCCAUGGAUCAUGACAUACCGCCGUCCUUGCUUUCGUGCGAACAAACUAUGGUAGAAGGUGAAAACGAAACGGUUAACACGGACGGUACAAUCGUUCCACAGCCUCCACAGCCACCGCAGAAUCUGUUACCUAGACUAGAGCCCAAACUUGUCCCGCAGCCGCUGUAUAACGCCAUUGUGAACGUAGUCGCAUCGAACUUCUUACAGCCUGCUACUCCUCUGGUACCUGUGCGCCAUGUGCACAACCCGAUUGGCCAAGUGAACUUGUACCAAGCGGUGCAGUGCACACAGACACCCAUGGUGACGAUACCCAAUCAGAGCGCCGAUAUGUUGAAUCGAUUAAGUUUUCCUUUAACUCAACCGCAAAUUGCGCCUACACCGCCUACUUCGAACGUUAUAGAAAUUGAAAGCGACUCUGAAGAUAUAGCUGUUGUCGGUCCGUCACGUAACUCGCGUUCCUUCAGAGAUCACAUCGACAACAACAAAGCGGUACCUGUUGCCUUGGUGAGCUCUAAAAGCAGCGGGUACAUCACUGUGAAAAAGUCCGAGCUCACUUCAGAGAGGCGAAAUCCCAAGACCCUUAACCAGAGGUUAUAUCCCCACGGGCAGGAGAUCGACAGCAUCUUGACGGGCCUGAAGAACAAGCUACAAGAAUUAUUUGAGACAUCCAAACAGCAAGAGCUAAAACGAUACGAACUGAACGAUGCCCGCGGUACGAUAAAACAAUUCCACAAAGAGAUCCGCGAUGCGGUGUCUCAGCUGGCAUCCAUUAACGAUAGGAUAGUGCGCGAGUACAACCGGUGGAAACGACACCAGCUGAAGACGGGCGCCCUUUCAUCUGCGGUUUCGGAAAACGCCUCGAAUAAUUCUCUAAACAAAACAAGUACGGAGGAGUUACCUCUCGACAUGGUUUGCGUCAACGAAUCUGGUACCGAGGACGAUAACAGUGAUUUUGAGAACAAUAUUAUUAUAAAACCGUCGGAGUUCAUUGGCAUCACGAACGUAAUCGGCGGGACGCAGUCUUUCAAGAAAAAAGGCCCCCUGGCACCUUCCGCGGACAAUGAACAUACCUCGUUAAUAGACAAAGCUGUACAGGUAUUUGACACUGAAUUGGAGGACUACGACAAGAGAAUUAGGCAUUCGUCUCUAAAAAAAGCUGACCAAGGAUGUGGAUUAGGUUCAACGCGCGAACAGUUUGAGAAAUACGAGGAACAGUUUAUUUACUACUUACAAAAUCGGAUCGAUUCGGAAACUGCACUGUACGAGGAGUCCAAGGAUCUACCUGAUCCGAACGAGACGCCGUUGAAGGAUUUGAUAGAAGCUAAUUCACCGUUUAUUUCAGAAAUGUUAGAGACCAUGGAUAAGUCUGUGAAUUCCAAUGAUGCUAGUAACGAAAAAUCGUUGGGUAAACAGAAGGACAAUGAUCCAAAGGCAACUGUCCUGCAGGAAACUAAUUCUGUUGUGGAUCAGUCGCAGAAACAAGAAUUUAAAAAUGUGGUCAAUAGUAUGACUACCGAUUUAGGGAGAAAAAAGGACAUGAAAAACGAUUCUACACCUGCGACAACUGCACACAAAGAAACUAAAUCGCGUGGAAAACGUGUCUCGAAAAGUGACGACAGUUUCGUGAUAAACAUAUCCGCGAAGGAUACAAGCACGAAUAAUUGCACCGCCAAGAAAACCACGAACAACAAAGAAGAUGAAUGUACUAUUCUUGACGAUUAAACAAUAGUUUAUAACAAUUUUCAUCGAUUGAAUUUCAUCACUGAAACACUAAUCGUUUGUUUUUCUUUCCAAUCUGUUUUCCGAUUUUCAGUUUUUCAAGUGCUUUGUUAUCUUAAUAUUUCUGUUUAUUCUUAGUAAUCGAUAUUAAGAAAUUUUUGCUGCAUUAUAUAUAAAUUACAAGAACGUGGAUAAAGGCAGCCAGCACAUUAGUAUGUAAUUUAAAAACGUCUAAGCCUGACGUCCUUUUAAAUCCAUGCGCGACUCGACUCGUUAUUGAAAUUCCAAUUGACUCAACAAUUUUUUUUAUACAAGAAUGUAAGGUGUUUGUAGGGCAGACGUUUGUUCACUAAUUCCUUAGGUAACUAUAAUGAGGAAUAUGAAACAUUCGGAUAUAAUAUAAUGACACAGCAUGCGUGUCGAUGAAACUACCGUUUUUAUAUAUAUAUUGUGUGUGUGUAUAUAUAUGUAUAUGUAUAUAUACAUAUAUAUAUAAGCAUAUUUCACAUUCUCAUUAUCUGUUGUACAUAAAACGUACAUAAAACGUACUGUGUAAUGUAGGAUAAUGUAAAAAGUUUCCGAACUUAGUUAAUAGAAUCUUCUGAUAAUUUUAAGUUGCAUCUCUUCGCGUACUCCGUACGACAUAAGCUUUGUUUUACUAAGAACCUCGUUUUUUAAUGCUCGUUCUUCAUUUAUUUAUAUAUAAUGUUCUCUCUGUAAGACGUAAGACUGCACAUUUUGGAAAUUCAUGUUUCCUGAGAAAUAGGAGUGACGUUAUUGCGAUAGGAAUUACUAAAUCCAAUAAAUUUCCAGAAUUUAUAUAUAAAUAUGUUGAAUACGAAUACUUAAUAUUAUACCUACAGUUAUUAGGUAAAGUCUGUAUAAAUGAUUGAUUGUGAAUGAGUGAGUAUAACCGUUCAAACGGCAGUGAUUUAUGGUCCUAAAAAGUACAUUGUUUUGUAUGAUCUACGUUAGAUAACUUAUAGCCUAGUAAUUAUAUUUCGGGCUAUAGCGAGCGAAAAUUUCCAUGAUAUUCGCAAGUUUGUCCCUUCAUUUCAGAUGAAUCAAACUCUACUCAAAUAAAUUUAUUACACAAACUGA